CAAUGUUGUUAUUAAUUAAUCGUCGGCGGGGUGGCGAAGUGAUCAAAAAUUCAAACACCAUCUCCGAUACUUCAACUGGAGCUGCGACCUGAUGGAUUUCUCCAGGAAACACCCCUCGCCAUUUCCGGGAUCUACCAAUCUCCCUUUUCGAUCUGAUGGCCGUAUUCGAAACCUUGUCACAGGAAUCGAUGGAUCCGGAGAGAGCGACGAGAACAGAAGCGGACCUUCUCGUGAGAAAUUAGGGUUUGGGUCGUCGCGCCAUACAAGGAAGGAACAGAAAUCGCCGACAAUGAAAAAGAAGAUCUUGGCCGAGAAGAAUGGAGAUGCGACCUUGCUGGCCUCCUCUGGUCAUGCCCGCAUUGGAUCGAAGGAGCAAGCGAAGCCUGAGCUUGUUUCUGCUGCCGAUACGAAUUCCCUUGUGCAGAGAGUGGGAGCAGAAUCCUGCUCUGGUUUCUAUGAUCCGCUGACGAACUAUACCUGCCCAAGGCCUCGGUUCCUUCGCUACAAUCCUAAUAGUCGCCUUGAGAUUCUCAUGCGCAUCGAGAGGGUGAGGAUGGAGGAAGAGGAAUUGGUGGAUGCCUCAAACUGUGAUUUCGAGGAGAGUGACAUGGAGGAUGAAGAGGAAGCAAGGAGGCCUCUUUGGUGGUCAAAAAGAACAUGGACGUUGUUUCUGAUUGGAUGGUUAGUUUAUUUUUCUUGCUAUUUUUCUUCCAUGGACUCAGGAUUUCACUCUCCUAAAGAUGAUGGAAGUUCCAUGGAGGAUUUUAGGGAGCUUCACGACAACCACAGUCCCUCGCAUGGGAUAGAACUUAUGCUGAAUUUCAUGGGCGUUUCUGAGAUUUGCUUCAAUGUGGCUCAUAAAGAACUCACCUGUUCAAUUGAUGGAGGUUCUAUGGAGGAUUCUCUGAAGCUUCAAGGUAACAUCAGGCCUUCUCAAGUUGGAACAGAAUUUAUGAUCACUUUGAUGGGCCUGUCUGAGACUUGCUUCAAUGUGCCUCUAAAACAUCCGACUUGUCCAAUCGAAAGCGAUGGUGAAAGCAUGGUAGUAUCAGAUGUUCAACUUGAACAGAAAUCGAGUUUUGAAGACGCAGCAUCAUUUCUACUUAUUCCAUGGGAAGCAGAAAGAACUAACGAAUUGCUGAUUGAAAAGGUGUGCAACAAGGAGGAUGAUUUGGUGAUUAAAGAAGAGGUUCUAAGCUCCCUUGAACAAGAAAAGCAUGACCAAGGAAAUGACAUCAGUGUUCUUGCAAUCCUGGAUAUUGAGUCUGUGGUGAUGGAAGAAAAUACAAUUCGUGAUGCAUUGAAGAAAAUACCUAAAUGGAAUGACGUUUCUUCAGAGACUGCCCUUUUGAUACUUGUUUCAUUGUGUUUGCUAACUCUACUGCUGGGUACCUCUAGUUGGAUUUCACUGAAGAUUUCAAUUCCAAGAUCCCUUCUUUUACCAGUAUUUUCAUCUUCAAAAGGUUUUGCAGGUCGAGAUGAGCCGGCAUCAUCAAUUGGAAUGAAAGAACAUAGUAAUGAGAAAUUCAGCGAUCCAAAUGCAAAUUGUAAUCCUCCAAGUUGCCUUCCCAAAAUAAGUAGAGAUCCGGAAGUUGAGGAUAAGUUGAUAUCCUCAGCCGGAGAAACAGAAUAUACUAAGGAAAAGGUUGGUGAUGGAGAGUCCAGUAAGCCUUUGAAUUCCCCAAGCAAAAACGGUAGAGUUUUAGCAAGUAACCAUCCACCAGUGGUGCAAUUGCUCAGUAAAUUUGCGACAGUAGAAAGAACCAGGCAGACGAUAGGUUCUGGCCACGAGAACAUAGCAAGUGAAGCUGAAUCAACUAAAGGAUUACAACUAGUUCAAUGUUCAAUGAAGUCUACGAGGAUGACAACUUCAUCAUCCAACUUUAAUGUGGUUGAUUCGGUUCUUAGUAUAAGUCCUACUUCACAGAAGCAAACAAGGGAAAAGCAGGACUCUGGAAACAAAGCAGGGGGAAUGGAUAGUGCACCUACUCCUUUAAGACGCUCAAGCCGACUCAGUAGUCGAGCCAUUUCAGCCUCAAGGCAAAGGGACACCAAGCUCUUGAUGUUGUGAUUCAGAUUCUGAAUCAUUUUAUGGUUGCGCUCUGAACAUACAGUUGAAUUAAUUGAUGACUAAUUGGGUAACCGCUGUUUGGGCAUAAAUAAUUGCGAUUCUUUUCAAA